AUACACACAAACACACAGACACACACGCUCUUACAAAAACACACGAUCACAUAGGUACGCACACGCUCGCACACAAUCGACGUACAGACGCGCACACAAGACGCUGCCGUUUAUUGUCACCGAGGAAAAGACGCAGCGCUGUCCAACAUUGUGAGUCUCGUGUCUGUUGCUGCUGCUAUCGCCGUCUACGUAUUGCGUGGUCACCGUUUUCCGCUGUCACUGGUCGCGCGGACCUCACCACAGUCACCACACCACCACUCGCCAGAUCGUCAGCCACCGCCUUCAGACAAGGACGACGAAAUCAUGGACGGCGCGGAGAAAGAGAAAGAUCGAGAAGGUUCUGCUUCUUCUUCCUCCACCACCCCUCGGAAGAACAAGCGUUACACCAAGACGGCCCGAGACCGACAGAGUAGAGACGAGGCCAACAACAGCACCAACAACCCGGGCUCCGACAGCAGCAGCAGCAACGGUACAGAGGUGGCGAGGAAGGCAGAGAGCGCUACUGUCAG